UAAAUCUCACAACUAAUAUAUGAUGAUUGCGCUUAUCGUUACGACACUACGAUUCAGCAGUGAAUGAUCACUUUUCUCGCCUUUGUAGAAGAGAGCUGUUUAGCUGCUGUAGUAGGAUAAUUGUAGAUUGAUUAUGAAUAAUUAAUUACAUUUUGAAUAUAGGAUUUUUAAUUUGUGAAAAGAUAAACGAUGGAGCUUAUUAUUAUUUUGUUACCCUUUUUCGGAUUGUCACUAAGGUCACCGGUCCACUGUUAUGGAGAUAUAGACUAUAAAGAAGAAACAAAACACGUUUUCACAACUGCAUUCCAUAAAUAUAACGAACGUGUACGACCUUAUAACAACGGUCUGAACCCAGUGGAAAUAAAAGCCAAUUUAGAAUUCAUCGAUAUUGUUUCCAUAGAUACCAAAAAUGGUCAGUUAGAGAGUAUCGUAGAUCUAAGAGUGACUUGGCAUGACAGGCGGUUGCAGUGGUCAACAGACAAAAUCCCGUAUAUUACUGUCAAUGACAGCUCAAUUUGGACACCAGAUAUAGCCUUCUUAAAUGCAUUGGAAUCUCCAAGAGUAAUCAUCCGACCACGUUUCGUCGUGAUCGAAAGAACUGGAAAUGUUUUCCAAAAUCAUAGACUAAGAAUAGUAACAGCAUGUAAAAAUAAAAACAACACAUGCGCAGUACAAAUAGGGUCAAACUUCUUCACAGAUUCUGAACUGCUAAUAACCGAUUCACAAUGUAGUAUCCACGAAGAACUGCUGUCGUCUGUCAUAAAUAUUGAACUUAAAAAUAUGACAGCAAAUAUGAGUAUCAUUGAACAUACUAAUAAUUUAUUUCACGUAGAUCAAAUGUAUUUUCCAAAGUUUACAGAAUCAACUUUUUCCAUAGUUACAUGUGAAAUUACUUUGGAUAGGGACGAUAUGUUUCAAAUGGAAAAUUCCCGCCAAAAACAAGAGAAGCUAGAAGAAGAAGAAGACAAAACUAAUAGUGCAGAACAAACCAUUCAGCGUUUAGGCCUACUUAUAAUAGGAAUUUGUUUACUUUUUGUAUCAUGAUCGAAUAGGCUCAAACAUCCAAUAAGAAGUUGAUCCAUUUUUUUAAAAAUAUUGUCACAUAUAGUGUUUUGUCUGCAAAAUACCUUGCAUGAAUUUUGUUUCUGAUCUCUAACCAAUUUGUAUUGAUUUGGUUUUCCAGAAUUUUUUUUUCAUUCGAGCGUGACUGAUUGGUUUUGCGUAUUGGAUUAUUCACGCUGGUAUCAUUGAUAAAAUUGUAUCGCUCCUCGCGGUGAUAGCUGUGUCGCUCCUCGAAGUGAAGAUUUUGGUGAUAGUUUUAAGAAUCAAAUAUCAUUUUGGUGCCUUAAAUACAGUCAUGAAGUAUUAUCGUAUUUGCCUUCAAUAUAGACACGUGGUAAGUUAGAUAAGGGGUGCCUUGCAUAGGGUCACGUGGUAAUUUCAUACAAACACUUGCUCAAAUAAGGUUAUGUUUUAUCGACUACGAUUUUCAUUCUUCGAUUGUGAAAAGUUCAUCGUCACAAUCUUGAUUUUCAUAUAAUUAGCCACCAAUACAACAAUGUUUUUACGAAUCCUAGGGGAUUUUUAAAUAAACCGUCAGUUUUCUCGUUUGAACUGUUUUACAAAUGUCAUUUUAGGUUAUCUGUUUAUGCGGUAUGAGUUUUUCUCAUUGUUGUAGGUCGUAUACCGACCUAUAGUUGUUAAAUUUUAUGUCAUUUUGUUUCUGGAAGAGAGUUGUCUAUUUGCCAUUUUUACCACAUCUCUAUUUUAUAUAUUAGAUUACAUUCGGUAAUCAUGAAUUCCAAGAAAAAAAAAAAAAAAACAAAAAAAAAACGUUUCACAAAAAUACAAGAAUAAAAUAUCAGAACGACAUUUAUCUUUAAAUACAUGUACAUGUUACUUUUAAGCGUAGUGCAGUAGGAAUAUUGUAUUAUGUAGAAAGGAAAUUAAAAAAAGAGAAGACACAAAGCUAGACGAAUAUCGUACACCAAUACAUGAAUGUAGCAUGAUGUGUUGUUUCUCAAUGGCUUUAGGAUUUUAUAGGUUUUGUUGAAUUUGUUUCGCUUUGAUGACUUACAAUGUAUAACCAACAUCACGCUUUAUUCACACAUACAAUUAUAUCAGAAUGUUGUAUAUAAUAUUACCAUUAUACAUGUAGAUAACCUUAACAAAUCAUAAUAUAAUGUACUUUUGUAAUGUUGAGAGAUGAGUGAAUGAUACGAAAUAUUUAAAAUAAUGUAUAUUGUCUGAAUGGUUUUGAUGAUAUAAAGUAUAGAACGUUUAGUGUGUUUGUCGUUUGUUUCCCUACAGUAUAUUGUAUACGUAUGAUAUAGUUUUAUGUAAAAAUGCAACUUUAGCCAUAUAGUGUGUAUUUGUUUGAUUAUAAGGGAAAACUCUUUCCUUAGCGUGAACUUCAGCUUAAUAGAAGUAUAGAAUGAAACGCUGAUUAUUAGAGAAUGAUUAUGGUUGUAAUGGUAAUCGUUCAAUAUAUUACUUUUAUUCUAUAUGAUAUAUGCCAAGAUAGACAACUGCGAUUGUCUUACGUAUAAAACUCAUCUUAUCUGAUAGCCAAAAUGUAGAGUUUAAUUGAUAAUGAUAUUGUUAUGUCAUUUGUGUGGCUUUUAAUUCCUCAUGUUGUGAUCUCAUUU